CUAGGGCAUGCAUUCUAACUACAAACAAUAUUUGUGCACAACAGCUCACUGAAUUUUGUUCCAGAGAUCUGUGCGCGAUUAAACUACAAGUUCCAAUGCCAACAGGCUGUCGCGACCUAGUCCUCGUCUCGGCUUACAUGCCCGGGGAGGACGAGCCACCGCCACUCGAACUACAACGACUGGUCAGCCACUGCGAGAGAACAGGCCUCGCAAUCAUCAUCGGGGCCGACUCUAACGCGCAUCACCCUUUGUGGGGUAUGGAGACCAGUAACAACAGAGGUGCUACGGACAGUCCCCUGUGCCGAGGGUGCAUGGAGACAGAGGAAACAGCUGCUCACGUGGUGCUGGAGUGCAUCGGGGUGGCUCCAUACAGGGCAAAAUAUCUCGGAUCUCCGAGAGACCUCCCCGAGUUCAACAUCAAGGGUCUAGUUGACUACGGAACCGAGUUGCGGAAAAUCGCCCAGAGUUGA